AGUGACAGGACCAUCGUCUACCUAUAAAAGUCAUAGUGCGGUACAGGCUCUCUUUAAAGCGUUAAGUCGUGAGAAGUUCCAGGGUUAAACAGGAUCCGGUUCGUUUAAUGCAGUAGUAGGUGCGCGUGCUGCGGCUAACAGGUUACACCUGUACUAAUCCCGGAAGUCGUGGGCGCUUUCACUGUUCCGCUGGAGAUCACGGAGUACUUUGGUGCGGAACUGAAGACCACACUUACAGCAGGGAUAUUCACCCAGUGACGCUGUUUGCCCCGUGGGUUUUUUUUUUUCCGGACUCUGCCUGAAACUGUUUCAAAGAGGAACCUGAUUAAAAAGCCUUAACGGAGAUUUUCUUGGUAUUUGGACAUUUUCGGCGACCUUUAGCCAUGUCUCUGGGUUCAGAAAUUAUCCCAGGUGAGGCGCUUUUCUCUGACUUCAGGAGACAGUGUCUGGCGACGGAGAACUGGGUGAACAAGUACAACAAGAACGGGAUGGAGGUUUGGGUCGAGGUGCCCCCUUUAUCCCACUCACCCCAGGGGAACAAAAACAGCUACGCCAAAGUGCACAAAGUCAAGUGUAAAAUUGCCGUAAAUGAUGUGUCUGCUGCUACAAUGUAUGAUGUCCUUCAUGACAACAUCUAUCGAAAAACAUGGGACCCUGCAAUGCUCGAGAGCUUUGAAAUAGCCCGUCUCGCUCCCAAUGCUGAUGUGGGCUACUAUUCAUGGCUCUGUCCCAGACCACUGAAAAACCGUGAUGUGGUUACUGUCCGCUCUUGGCGUGCUUCUGAAGAUGAGUAUAUAAUUGUCAACUACUCCGUCAAGCAUCCGAAAUAUCCUCCACGUAAAGACUUGGUGAGAGCCGUCUCUAUUCUGACUGGUUACCUGCUGAAACCAACAGGGCCGAACAGCUGCUCCUUCAUUUAUCUCUCACAAGCAGAUCCUAAAGGUUCUCUUCCAAAGUGGGCAGUAAAUAAGGCAACUCAGGUCCUAGCACCCAAAGUUAUGAAAAGUGUGUAUAAGGCAGGUCAAAACUAUGCUGCCUGGAAGGCCCAGAACUCUCCAGAACAUAAGCCAUGGCUCUACCCUAUCCAGAGUGAACUUCCCAUGAUGGACCCAGCUGAGCUGAGUAUGCAGCGUGCAGACUCGCUGGAGAAUGUGGAUGAGACCUCAACUCGUGAUGCUGUGGAGAACGAGGAUAGCAGCUGAAGGACACCAAAAUGAGAUGAAGAAAUGGACACUUACCUUUCAAACUUCCAGUUUCUAUCGUGUAGCUGGUGCUCUUCUUGCGUACUUGUUCCCCUUUUUUUUUUUUUUUUUUAAA